CUAUAACGUAUGGGAAACAGAUUAGAGGUUGACUCUGCGGACCAAAUACUAUCCAAUAAACGCAAUCGAUUCAUACCGCUCGUCACAGCAUGGGAAAAUGCAGCGGUUUGAAGGGUGGUGGACACCAUCGAAAGGCAUUGGAUGUAGCCGAAAGGAAACGUAAGGAAAAGGAAGAUCGGAAGAAAGAGCAGGAAUAUGCUGGUCAACGCAGCAUUAUAUUGCAAGAGAUCUUGACAAAGUUGGAUCCCAAUUGCGAUAUCUAUCUAGAUGCUAAUGAUAACAAAACCAAUAUGUCAAUACCCGAACUAUGUCGAUCGCAUUUUCGAUACGAAGAUUGCUCGAAUCGCCGCUGCAAGUUUUCUCACGAACAUUCUAUUGCAGAAGCGCUCGGAAAUGUCGUCAGUGGUAGCAACGUGAUGAAUAACGAUGACGGGGGUUGCCCCACCAUUCCUGGUCUUCGGUUGGUUGCCGGAAUUCUUGGAGAUCGGGGGGUAGCAAGUCGUCGACGAAGAGACCAAGAAAACCGAAGUCGACGCAAACGAACCUCGCUUCCGGAUGUUGAUGAUGGUGCAAUCUAUUCCCAAUCGCAUGGUGAUUCACCAUUUGAAAAUGCGCUUUUAGAAGGAUCUUCCUUCACGAAUACGAUUGUGACGUAUCUGGAGUCGGACUUGGAUGUCUUGCACCUUGCGCUGAGCUGCCGACAUUUCCACAAUAUGGUGUUGAUUGGUGACGGAAAUGGAGAGGGCUGCAAGGAUGUCCAGCGGCGAAAACAUCGGGCGAAAGAAAGAAGGCUCUUAGAGCGUAACAGAGCAUUGCUACAAUCUAAAGCUGUGGCGGGACGGCUCCGAUAUGCUGUCAGCUAUGUCGAGACCAAUAUCAAUGCCAACAGUCAUCCGAAAGUAAAAAACAAAAGAAAGAACAAAAGGAACAAUAGCAGCAGUAGCAGCGUCGGCAGUCUUCGGCCGAUAUUAGUGUAUGACUACGAAAAUCCACACGUAUUUCGAGCUUUUCGAGAAUCUGGCAUCAAGCCAAAUGCUGAAAGCUUGCCUUCUACCUUUUCCAGCAACUGCAAAAUUGUGAGAUAAAUUUCGAGACUACAACAAGAUAUUGAAAGACGAAACUCUUGAGAUGAAAGGAGAAGACAUCAAUGGUAAAUAAAAUAUUCAAAUUUGUACACUGUUCGAGAUCCAAAUCAUUCAUCACCAUUAUCACAAGUAAAUUUUUGUUGUUCAUUAUCCUAUGAAUACCUCUUUUAUGUAAAAUAGAGCUAUUGUGGCAACUUUUAAUCUUAUGUGGGCAUCUUGAAUACUAGCUUACAUUGAUUAGCCAUGCAGAGGUCCUGACCAUUCCAUACUUUGGGGUAUCAAAGAAUUGGAAUCAGUGCUACUAGUACUGUGCCAUCAAACUUAUCACAACAAGUGCUGUCUGGUGUAUUAUGAAGUACUAGUAAUACUGAACACUCAUAAUACUACUGGUAACUGCACUUUCAAUUUAUAGGU